CACUCCCGCAGUCGCCGCCGCCGGCGAUGUCGAUCGGAGUCCGGGAUCUGACGGUCCUCGGGGAGUUCAAGCCCUUCGGCCUGGUCUCUGAGGAGCUCGAGGGGAAGCCCCUCGAGACCGCCCCCGAGGAACACCAGUACUUCCUCUUCCACGCCGACGUCGCUCGCGAGAGGGACGGCCCCGCCGCCGCUACCCUAUCCUCUGCCGCCGUCUCAGCCGAUCUCGACUUCUCUUCCCCCUCGCCCCCCUCCGACGACGGCGAUCACGAGAUCUUUAUACGCGGCAGCCGGAUAACAUGGAGCACAGGGUCCCGGGUUCAUAAACGAUACAACUCUCCGAAAACAGUCAUUAUGGCCUGCUGGUGUCGCAUGGAAACUAUUCCAGAUGCUCUUCUUUGUGUUCUGCAGAUUGAUACUUUAUCGAUUUAUGGUGCAUCUGGUGAGGUGGUUUGUAUACCUCUACCAUUUGCUAUUGCAUCUAUAUUUCCCCUUCCAUUUGGUCUACUUCUACAGAAGGCUGUAGAUGGGAACCGGCGAAUAUCUAUCUCUGGCUCACCACUAAAUGCAAGAGAUUUGUCUCGUUCUGGUAAAGACUCUGGGUGGAAUCGCCAUGUAUUUCAUCAACUUAACUCUUUUGAGCCAGUUAUCAAAGAGAACGAGGCAAUAACGUCAUCACAUUUGAUCCUAAGACAUCCUUUGGAAGAGCCUCAGGCAACAUAUAUUGAAGAAUGGGGAAAAUUCAUUUUGAUGAAAGAUUUUGAGGAAAGAACUAUUUGGAGCAGUGAUGUUGUGCCUUUGAUGGCAUCAUAUCAUAAAAGCAAGAUGCAGCAUUCUAUUUGGCUUCUAGAAACUGUAUCUCAUUGUGAGGCAGAAACUGCUAUGGUUGAUGCAGUUUCAACUGAACUAUCUAAUCAACAACUUUCAUUUAGGAGGAUAUGGCAGGGAAAAUGUUCCCAGUCUGCUGCUAGUAAGGUUUUUCUUGCUACUGAUAUGGAUGGAGUGCCUAUUAUUUGUUUUUUGCUUGUUGACCAAAAAGUACUACUUGCUGUAAGGCUUCAAAUUGAUGAAGGUAAUGAUGAGGCUCUUGUGGAUAUCAAGCCACAUAUGAGUUGGAGUAUCCCUGCACUUGAUGCUGCAUCUGUAAUUGUGACACGUCCAAGAGUCGAAGUUGGGCGUUUACCAUUUAGUGACAUUGUUGUCUUGGGUGCAGAAAACCAUCUUCUUUUAUAUUCAGGCAAACAAUGCCUUUGCAGGUACUUACUGCCUCUCCGACCGGGGAAAAACCUUUUACGUAGCAAGCAUUCUGCAGGGACAACAGACAUGUGCUCUGAACUAACGAUUACAGGAAUUAAAGAUGCUGUUGAAGGCCGCAUAAAUGUGAUUGUAAAUAAUGGACAGAUAUUCAGAUGUUCACUACGGAGAAACCCCACUACAUCUCUGGCAAAUGACUGCAUAACAGUUAUGGCUGUGGGACUUCAAUUCUCCUUUUACAGUCAUUUUGCCACUCUUCUCUGGGGUGACUUUGGUUCUGCUUAUUUCUUCCAUUCUCGUCCUCAUACAGAUUCUGAGUGGGAUGCCUUUGCUGGUGCGGUGAUGAGGAUCUGCGAUAGAUACGGAACCAGAAUGCAGAGACAGAGCCCUCCAGUGUCUGGUGCAGCUUGGGAAUUUUUAGUUAAUAGCAAGCUUCACCUUAGACACUCAAUUGGGCGAGGUAUCUUUUCUAUGAACAUGCCUAAUUGUAGUGGUGCUGACUACAACGAUUCUCAAAUACAAGAUGAGCAAAACGAAGGGAGGCCAUUUUAUUCUCAGCUUUUGGCGGAAACUUUGGACUCUUUGCACUGUCUUUAUGAGAGUUUGAAGCUGGAUAAGUUGCGAAAACAAGAUGUUGGGCAACUUGUUACACUGUUAUUUACUAUUGCUGCUUCUUUGGGUGAGGAAAAUUACGUGGACUACUAUAUUCGUGACUUCCCCUUUCUUUUAGCUGAAGGUUGUUCUUUCCAUUCAUGUGCUUCUCCAAGAACUCCUCCAUCUUUAUUCCGAUGGAUUGAAAAUUGUCUGCAUAAAGGAUACCAUGUGUCCAACAUGAAGAAUCUUCCCCCUUUAUUAUGCAGAGAGAAUAUCUAUGUUGUAAGUUGGGCCAGAAAGAUAGUGGCAUUUUAUAGUGUACUUGUAGGCGCAGAAAGGAAAGGUAGGAUACUAUCAACUGGAGUUUAUUGUGAAAUUGCCAAUGGAUCAGCCAGAACGAUAGAGGAGCUAACUGUCCUGGCCAUGGUUGGUGAAAGAUUUGGACGUCAACAACUUGACUUGCUACCUCUUGGUGUAUCUCUUCCGCUACGUCAUGCUUUGGACAAAUGUCGAGAAUCCCCUCCAACUGACUGGCCUGCUGCGGCAUAUGUUUUGGUUGGUCGUGAGGACUUAGCCAUGGCAUGUUUGGGAUCCUUGAGCAAAGAGCAUGGAAGUCAAGGCAGUUUGAAUUUAGUAGCCAUUUCUGUACCAUACAUGCUUCAUUUGCAGCCUGUAUCUGUACCUUCGUCACUCACUGAGAUCACUGGUUCGGAUAGUAUGAAGCUUGAGGACUCCGAAGCUCUUCAUAGAUCCUUGGAAGAUGGUAUGGAGCACAUCUAUAACUCAAGCACCCAAUUGCGAUUUGGCCGUGAUCUAAGGUUGAAUGAGGUUAGACGCCUUUUGUGCUCUGCGAGACCUGUGGCUAUUGAAACACCUGUUAAUCCUAGUGCUUCUGAUCAAGACCUGCAGCAGCAUCAACUUUGGAAUCUUGCUCAAAGGACUACUGCCCUUCCCUUUGGCCGUGGAGCAUUCACUUUAGCUUCUACGUAUGCUGUGUUGACCGAGGCACUUCAUGUCCCAAAGCUUGUUUUGGCUGGCAGAUUACCUGCACAACAAAAUGCUACUGUAAACCUAGAUCCAAACUUGAGAAAUAUUUUAGAACUCAGAUCCUGGCCCGAGUUUCAUAAUGGUGUUGCUGCUGGAUUAAGAUUGGCGCCCUUCGAGGGUAAAAUGUCAAGAACUUGGAUUCAAUAUAACAAACCUGAGGAACCAAGCUUUACACAUGCAGGGAUUCUUCUAGCCUUAGGCCUUCAUGGACACUUAUGUUCUUUGGCUAUGACUGAUGUAUAUCGGUAUUUAACUCAGGAGCAUGACAUCACUACAGUUGGAGUACUGCUUGGUGUGGCAGCAUCGUAUCGGGGAACUAUGCAUCCUGAAAUAUCCAGGAUACUCUACCUCCAUGUUCCCACUCGACACCAGUUAUCCUUUCCAGAGUUGGAAUUGCCAACAAAUUUGCAGUCAGCUGCACUAGUGGCUAUUGGGCUUCUCUAUGAAGGUUCAGCCCACCCAUUCACCAUGAAGAUACUUCUGGGAGAGAUAGGUCGAAGAAGUGGUGGUGAUAAUGUGCUUGAAAGAGAAGGAUAUGCUGUUGCUGCUGGAUAUGCACUGGGACUUGUAGCUUUAGGUCGUGGGAAAGGUGCAUUUGGUUUUGUUGACAGUUUUGUGGAUCGACUUUUUCACUAUAUUGGCGAGAAAGGAGUUCAAAAUGGGAAAUCUUCAGUAGUGUCACAAACAACAGAUGAUCACAUCCGCAUUCUUGGGCAGAUGGUGGAUGGAGCUCACAUAAAUGUUGAUGUAACUGCUCCUGGUGCUACAAUUGCACUAGCACUGAUAUUUAUGAAGACAGAAUCAGAAGAAAUGGUGUCUAGACUCCAUCUUCCAGUAACUCACUUUGAUCUGCAGUAUGUGAGGCCUGAUUUUAUCAUGCUUCGUGUCAUCACACGGAAUUUGAUUAUGUGGAGCAACAUGCAGCCAUCUAGGAACUGGAUUGAAUCUCAAAUUCCUGAUAUUAUCAAAUUAGGGGUUUUGAGAUUAGAUGGAGUAGUUGAUGAUGAUGAGUUUGAUGCUGAAGCUGUUGUUCAGGCCUAUGUGAACAUAGUAGCUGGUGCUUGCAUUUCACUUGGAAUAAAGUAUGCUGGCACCAAAAGUGAAGAAGCCCAAGAGCUGCUAUAUAAUUAUGCAAUCUAUUUUCUGAACGAGAUUAAGCAUGUGCCGGCAACAACAAACAUUACCUUACCAAAAGGAAUGCUACAAUACGUGGACCGUGGCACUUCAGAGAUAUGCCUGCACCUUAUUGUUCUUUCUCUCUCUUUGGUUAUGGCAGGAUCUGGGCAUCUACAAACAUUUCGGUUAUUGAGAUACCUGCGUGGUCGAAGUUCUACAGAAGGGCACAUAAAUUAUGGAAUCCAAAUGACUGUUAGCUUAGCCAUCGGAUUUUUAUUUCUUGGGGGUGGUAUGCAAACCUUUUCAACUGGAAAUAGUGCAGUCGCUGCACUUUUAAUGACUCUUUAUCCUCGUCUUCCUACUGGUCCUAGUGAUAAUCGUUGUCACCUUCAGGCUUUCCGACAUCUGUAUGUAAUUGCUGCUGAGUCUCGUCGGGUGCAGACGGUAGAUGUUGAUACAGGUCUGCCAGUUUAUUGUCCCCUUGAAGUUUCAAUCAAGGAAACAGAACACUAUUCUGAGACUAGCUUUUGUGAAGUUACCCCCUGCAUUCUGCCAGAACGCUCUGUGCUGAAGACAGUUCGAGUUUGUGGGCCUAGGUAUUGGCCUCAAGUCAUACAGCUUAUUCCUGAAGAUAAACCUUGGUGGAGAUUUAGGGACAAGACUGGCCCUUUUAAUGGUGGUAUCUUGUACAUAAAGAGAAAAGUUGGCUCAUGUUCCUAUGUGGAUGACCCCAUUGGUUGUCAAUCUUUGCUUUCAAGAGCAAUGCACAAGGUUUGUGAUACAUCGGAUAUGAACUGCUCAAACACAAGAAACAAUAACUCUGCACCUGGUUCAUACAAAAUUGAUCAGUUAGUCAGUACAUUCUCCGCUGAUCCAAGCUUGAUAGGUUUUGCACAACUUUGCUGUGAUUCCUGGAAUAGUAGGGCUGAUGCCAAUUUCCAGGAGUUCUGCUCACAAUUACUAUUUGAGUGUGUGAGCAAAGACAGGCCGGCUCUCCUUCAGAUCUAUCUCUCGCUGUAUACGACGAUUGAAGCAAUGUGGGAGCAGGUUAAAAGUUGUCGUCUUGUUUUUGAAGAUUCACUUUUUCUUUCCAGCCUAAAGCUUGCUUUAGCCUAUAAUGAGGCUCUCAUCAAUGGCAAAUUGUCUUGUGGUAGUGUAUCCAUCAUCCAAUGUACAUUCAUUCAAUCACUUAGAAGGCAUAUGGAAGAAAUCCUGAUAUGUUCCCAAAGUCUGAAUGAGAACGUCUUCAAAUAUUUGGAUUCUGGAAUUUGGCCUGAUUGCCAAAGUGACGGGGGUAAAAUGGAUGCUAUGCUUCUUUCUUGGUAUCUUUUGUGGUAUGGGAUACCAUCCUUCCGUGUCAUAAAGUCUGCUGUCGAGAAAAUCAAAGCAAAAGCUCCACUGUCCUUAACCAUGAUUCCUCUACUGCGAUUGUUACUGCCAACAACCCAAGCAAAAGGCAUUUUCGAAAUAGACAAGUUCCAUUUUUGAUCUAGGGUCUUCCUGUUACAAUCAGUUCAAUCAGAACAUUAAAAGAUGUUGACAAUCCGGCGGCUAAAUGGGUUGAUUGCCCCUUUAAAAGGGGGGCUUGAUUGAUGUGAUGCGAGAGGAAUGUCAGCAAAACUUUUGUUCAGUAUGGGCUUAAAUGUAGCAUCCAUUAUGUUACGCUUGCACAAGAAAAGAAUCAUACGGUGUACAAGAAAAGACUUCAAUUUGCAGAGAAAAUAGGUGCACUAGUAAAUAUCAUCAGUACUGGAUUGCUCUUGUUUUA